GGAGUAAAAGAGUACGGUGCUGCUUUAAGAUCUUCAGGUCACGUGGUGACCUGUUCUGCCGCUGAUUGAAGCUUUUCCUUUUCAUAACAGCCGUGGAUUAGUCUUCACUAAACCACGGCCGAAGUUCGUGGACAAGGGCCAAAUGCAGGAACAAUCUGCUGCGCCUCCGCAGGACGAGGAGUAUGAGUAUGAAUAUGAUGAGACACAAACAGAGACGUUCCUCGUGGAUCUUGACCUCUCAUCAUUACAAUCUAACCUCAAAACAAAUGUGCCCGGAGCGCCGAAGCCAGUGACCCCGGGUAAACGACGACGAUCUGGUGCUGUUGCGCAAACACCGGAGCCAGCUGGACCAACGCCUAAUCCAUCAGGCACUCCUGAGGACCACUCUCCUUCUGCCACGGAGGGUCAAGGGACGCCUGCUCAUGAUGCAGAAGAUUCUGAUCAAGGUGCAUUGCCAAUCAUGACAAAAGCGCAAAUUUUGGGCCUCGAUACCACCAACCCGAUCAUCUCCUACCAGGAUCGAGUCUAUAGCUGUAUGUGGACCGAUAUGAUUGGCAGCAAUAUGUUUUUGGCACAGCCUGGGCUGAUAGAUUCCGGCGAGAUACUGCACUCAGCCGACGACUUCGACCUCAUUGGCACAUCACGAAUCAAACUCGUAGGCGAGCGAACGAAUCUGGUCAAGAAGAAGCCGUCUGCCUCAGAAGAGAACACAAUCGAGGAGGACGAACACCGACAGCCUACUGAAGCCCCAAAGACAUCCAACGGCGGCAGUUUGAGGGACAUCCGGACGCCAAACCCGAAAGUGGCCGCUCAGAUCAAGCGACAGGCAUCUUUUUUGGAGAACCUGAUGGAUAUCAAGCGCCGGCGCGGCGAAGGAGACAGUGUCCGAGCGCUUGAUGACGAAAAAUCUGCUUCAAACGGUACUUCCGAACUGCAUAACACAACACACAGCGAGUUUGAGGAGCCUAACAGGAAGGUGGACGACGGAGAAAAUGAAGCUCGUGCAGGGCUGCAAGGAAUUUAUUCUCGUCACGGUGAAAGAGCCGAGGAGCUACAAGAAAGUGCCCAGAUGCCCGAAGGCGAGGCAGGUUGAACAGAGCAAAACGCCCACACUUUUCCACACGCCAAUGAUCUUGCGCCAGAAAUUCAAAGACCAAGGACCAUCCAGGACAAGCCCUAUUAACAAC